UUGAUCACUCACACGGACACACUUUCCCACCUCACAUCUCACACCAUAGCUCACACCUUCAAAUCACGCAUCUUCUUCUUCCCCCUCCUCAACAACCAAGCAUGCUCCUACUCCGAUUAACCACCAAUCCUCAUCCUCCACCGCCAUUUCUACCCUGCAUCACCAACACCGCAUCAUCUUCUUCUUCUUCCUUUUGCCCCACGCAUCGCUCUCUGUUCAACAACGGAAACAAAAACUGCUUUGUUCGCUCGAAUGUCAGAACUCACACUCUUCGUGUUUUCGCAAUGUCCGAUUCCAAGGCAUACAAGAUGAACCUCAACCAGUACCUUGUCACUCUCGAAAGGCCCCUCGGCAUCCGUUUCGCUCUCACCGCUGACGGCAACAUCAUCGUCCAUUCCCUCACCAAAGGGGGCAAUGCAGAGAGGUCGAGGAUUAUAAUGGUAGGUGACACUUUGAAGAAACUUGGGGAUUCAUCUCAGAACAAGCUCGUCGAGAUUAAAGACGUUGGAGACACACAGAAGGUGCUAAAUGAGCAAGCAAAUUCUUUUAGCUUGGUUCUUGAGAGGCCCACAUCACCUUUUCCGAUUCAACUACUGCAUAAAAUGAUUGAUCUUGAAAUAUUGUUUAAUAGAGGUCGAGUUCCUAUUAUCUCCUGGAGCAAGACACUAUUGGCAUCUAAUUUACAGCCAUCUAGUGAGAGCUCUGGGAAUUCUGGAUUUGUGGUGUUCAAUUCAAAAUUUCUUACAUCGAAAGGAAGCCAGCUAUUGGGCAAUCAAAAUCAAGAUGCCAUCACUUAUGGCGAAAGAAACUUCAUUACUCAACAAACGACUCGACUUGCUUGUAUUUUUAGUGGAGAAGCCUGUGGAGAUGGAGAAUGGGCUCAUGGAAGUUUCCCACUUGAGGAAUAUAUUCAGGCUCUGGACCGUUCCAAGGAUGAGAUGUACUAUAAUCAUUCCCUUGGCAUGCGCUAUAGUAAGAUUACAGAGCAACUAUUUGUAGGAUCAUGUAUUCAAACAGAAGCUGAUGUGGAAACUUUGUCAAUUGUUGAGGGAAUUACUGCUGUUCUGAACUUCCAAAGUGGAAAUGAAGCUGAAAAUUGGGGAAUAAAUGUAAGAUCAAUCAAUGAUUCAUGUCAAAGGAACAAUAUUCUCAUGAUCAACUAUUCCAUAAGGGAUAGAGAUUCAUAUGAUUUGAGAAAGAAACUUCCAUUUUGUGUGGGGCUACUAUUAAGGCUGCUUAGGAAGAAUCAUCGUGUCUUUGUUACUUGCACUUCUGGAUUCGAUCGGUCUCCUGCUUGUGUGAUUGCAUACCUGCACUGGAUGACAGAUGUUUCCCUUCAUGCAGCCUAUACUUGGGUCACUGGGAUGCACACAUGUAGACCCGACAGGCCAGCAAUUGCAUGGGCAACAUGGGAUCUUAUAGCUAUGGUUGAAAGGGGAAAACAUGAUGGACCUCCCACACACGCUGUCACAUUUGUGUGGAAUGGUCAUGAGGAAGAUGAUGUAACUUUGGUGGGAGAUUUUACUGCAAACUGGAAAGAACCACUAAAGGCAGUGUAUCAGGGUGCAAGACAUGAAGUAGAAGUUAAACUUCCACAAGGAAAAUACUACUACAAGUUUAUUGUUAAUGGAGAAUGGAUGCAUUCAACUGCUUCACCAGAAGAAAGCGAUGAUAGGGGUAAUAUUAACAAUAUAAUUGUCAUCGGUGAAACUGCCAGCAUUCAGCCUUCGGUUCAGCACCAGCAGGAGUUCCAGGAUGCAAAUGUUGUGAAGGUAAUUGAAAGGCCUUUGAAUGAAACAGAGCGGUUUAUGCUUGCGAAAGCAGCUCGUUGUAUCGCAUUCUCUAUCUGUCCUAUCAGAUUAACUCCCAAGUAAGUAGUUGCAUACAAUGAUACAACUAUCCUCUCAUGUACAGAAAGAAGUUUGUCCUUGUUGUACAUUUUGGUACGAUACGGUUGUAAUAAAUGAGAGAAGAUUCGCGUUGUAUAUUACACCGCUGAAGCAUAUUAUGAAUUCACCACAUUGGAGGUA